ACCUCACCUCUCGCAUGCGAUUCUUUCUUUCACUCAGUCUCUUCCUCUUCUCUUCUGUUUUCGUUCUUCUUCUCUUUUUGACCUAAGGGUUGUGGCGGCGCCUCUCUCUACCUAUCUCACCUUAGAUCUUCAAUUGACCUCAGAAAUUUCGACGACAGCAUCUGUGUCGCUCAUUCGUCAUUCUCACGAUCUCUGAUCUGCCAGGCAUGCACAGCAUGUUGCACUCUUGAGGCAGCCGCCACAACCACCUCCCUUGCCGAAGCUCCCUUAACUGAUACAAUCGUACAAGUGAAUCUGUUUGGUAUUUAAAAUCUAAUUUGGUGUUUUACUUGUAUUUUUUGUCAUGGGUUCUAAUAUAAUUUGUUGCUUUCUUUGUAUUUUUUGUCAUGGGUUGUAAUAUAAUUUGUUGUUUUGCUUGUAUUUUUUGUCAUGGGAGGUAAGAAACAACUAAUUUGAUGGUUGGAUGAUGCUUAUGAUUGUGAUUUAGUUUAGAAACUUUAAAAAAGAAGGAUAUAGUUUAGUUGAAUUUACAUAAUUUGGGUAAGGAAAAACGAAUUGGGCUUUAAUUGAUGGCUUGUUUGAAAAAUUGGCAUUGUGGAAAAAACUAACGGAAUUGGGCUUUUGAAUAAAUAAAGUAAUUAGCCGGCAAUUUCACCAAAAAAAAAAAAUUUGUCCCAAGAAAGUGAUUUGGGCUUAGAAAUAACUAAUAUUGGGCUAAAGCCCAAAACCGAACAAAAAGCCAGAACCGAACUGGAACCCAUCGGGUCGGCUCAUUUUCGGCUUUUAAUUUGGAUCCGACCCAACCCGAGAACCGAUAUCUUAUUCGGUUUGGCCCACAGAUCGCUCAAUUUUUGACCCGACUCGAACCGUGCCCAGGCCUAUCAUGAUUGGUUUGAAUAAAUUGACUUGAACGAACUUUCAAAAGGCCACGCUACCUUUCCUGCCCCUGAAGACUCCAACUACCUAUCUGUCUGCACGUCUGCUCCACACGCCGGGCAAUCCCUCUGCUCUGCCCGCAACAUAACACAACGCAUCCCAAAAAUGUCAACAAUAUAAAUCUUGACCUUCAUUGAAAUUGAAAUCCCUAUUCAUUUUCCAACAAUAUACACCAGAAUAACCAAAAGCUGAUCACAGUAAUGGAGACCGAGACAGCGACCGUGGGGAUAUCAGAGCCGUUGCUUCACGAUUCGGACAAGAUCAGCCACCUUCAGUCCGUCGAUGAUGAUGACCAAGUCCCCGAAUGGAAGGACCAGAUCACGCUCAGAGGGCUGGUGGUGAGCGCGCUGUUGGGGACCCUCUUCUGCAUCAUCACCCACAAGCUCAAUCUUACGGUCGGGAUUAUUCCGUCCAUGAAUGUCGGCGCUGGGCUUCUAGGCUUCUUCUUCGUCAAGUCUUGGACUGGCCUCUUGUCCAAAUUAGGGUUUUCUGUUGCUCCCUUUACCAGGCAAGAAAACACCGUCAUCCAGACCUGCGUUGUUGCUUGUUAUGGCCUCGCUUUUAGCGGGGGAUUCGGUUCCUAUCUGAUUGCAAUGGAUGAGCGAACAUAUAAUCUUGUUGGUGCUGAUUACCCUGGUAAUCGGGCAGAAGAUGUUAAAAAUCCAAGCUUGUCGUGGAUGACUGGUUUCAUGUUUGUUGUCAGCUUCCUUGGCCUUUUUAGUCUUGUUCCCCUUCGCAAGGUUAUGGUCCUGGACAACAAACUCACGUAUCCCAGUGGGACAGCCACAGCAAUGUUGAUAAAUAGUUUUCACACUAACACUGGUGUAGAGCUUGCCGGGAAGCAAGUUCGUGCUCUAGGAAAGUAUUUAAGUAUAAGUUUAAUUUGGAGCUGCUUUAAGUGGUUCUUUAGUGGUAUUGGAGAUUCAUGCGGAUUUGACAACUUUCCUAGCUUUGGGUUGACACUGUUUAAGAACACAUUUUAUUUUGACUUCAGUCCAACUUAUGUUGGAUGCGGUCUCAUAUGCUCCCACGUAGUCAACUGCUCAGUUCUUUUUGGGGCUAUCUUAUCAUGGGGUUUUCUUUGGCCAUUAAUAUCACAAUAUGCUGGGGACUGGUAUCCAGCGGAUCUUGGUAGUAAUGAUUUCAAAGGUCUUUAUGGAUAUAAGGUCUUUAUUGCUAUUGCCCUCAUACUAGGGGAUGGUCUCUACAAUUUGGUGAAGAUUUUAACCUUUACUCUCAAAGAAAUAUGCAAUAAGAGUAGCAAACAGAGCAACCUUCCUGUUGUUAAUGAGGUUUUAGAUGGUGACAGUUCUGAAGUUACACCGGAGCAGAAAAAGAGGGAAGAGGUAUUUCUAAAGGAUACAAUACCAACGUGGGUUGCGGGUGCAGGAUAUGUGGGCCUAGUUGCAAUAUCUACAGCAACAAUGCCAAUCAUCUUUCCACCUCUCAAAUGGUAUUUGGUUCUAGGCUCAUAUGUCCUUGCUCCGGCCCUUGCCUUCUGCAACUCCUAUGGCACUGGCCUCACAGACUGGAAUUUAACUACAACUUAUGGGAAAAUUGGUCUCUUCAUCAUUGCUUCGCUAGUUGGACGUGAUGGUGGGGUUAUAGCUGGGUUAGCAGCUUGUGGGGUGAUGAUGUCCAUUGUCUCUACCGCAGCUGAUCUCAUGCAAGACUUCAAGACGGGCUACCUCACUAUGUCCUCAGCCAAGUCUAUGUUUAUUAGCCAGCUAGUGGGAACAGCCAUGGGCUGUGUGAUUGCUCCAUUAACAUUCUGGUUGUUUUGGACAGCUUUUGACAUUGGGUCACCUGAUGGUCCGUACAAAGCACCGUAUGCUGUAAUAUUCAGGGAAAUGGCAAUACUAGGCAUUGAGGGCUUCUCAGAGCUGCCCAAGCAUUGCCUGGCUAUGUGCUGUGUUUUUUUUGUGGGAGCUCUGGUCAUAAACCUCCUGAGGGAUGUGACCCCUAAGAAAAUAUCACAAUUUAUUCCUAUUCCAAUGGCGAUGGCAGUCCCGUUCUAUAUCGGAGCAUACUUUGCCAUCGACAUGUUUGUGGGGACAGUGAUAUUGUUCAUAUGGGAGCGAUUGAAUAGGAAGGACGCAGAGGAUUAUGCAGGGGCAGUUGCUUCGGGUCUAAUAUGUGGUGAUGGAAUUUGGACAAUUCCAUCAGCGAUCCUCGCUAUUUUCAAGGUCAAUCCACCCGUCUGCAUGUACUUUGGCCCUUCUUUGAGCAGUUGAGUUUAGUUGCUUGGACUUUGUAAAUAACUAUUUAACUUAUGUAUGAUUUAAUUGACCCUAAACUUAUUGGGGUUCCCUUGUCCUCCAUGUACAUUAAAUCAAACGGUUGAAUACUUGGAACUUGUAUGGCUUGUGUCUCGCCUUUCA